AAGGCAAAGAAAAAAAAAAGAAAAAAAGAACGCAAUACUGUAAAAGUAACACGCAACCAAUCCAAAAACAAAGAUAGUAGCAAUAAAAUAAUAGAAACAAUUAUCAAAAGAAACUGUGGGUGCCAGACUUUAAUACAUUCUCUCCCGCCAUUACCCAAAUCUGUGUCUCCGUCUGUCCCUGUUUUUUCUUUCCCUCUCCAAAUCUCCGAUUUUUCUUUUAUAAUUUCUGUUGCCGCUGAAAGCGCCGGAAUGGACCUGCCGGUGAUCGAUCUGACCGAUUACUUGGCGGCAACGGCGGCGGAGGAAUUUGACAGCCAGCUCCGAGACGGCCGACUCAGUAAGCUUUGCGGCGAGGUGAGUCGAACACUGAGGGAGACCGGAGCUCUGCUGGUGAAAGACCCCAGGUGCUCCGUCGAAGACAACGAUCGUUUUCUUGAUAUGAUGGAGAAGUACUUUGAGUGCCCCUCCGGCUUCAAGCUCCUCCAGGAGAGGCCCCACUUGCAUUACCAGGUUGGGGUGACACCAGAAGGUGUGGAAGUUCCAAGAAGCCUGGUUGAUGAAGAAAUGCAAGAGAAGGUAAACGCAAUGCCUGAACAGUUCCGGCCAGCCCUACCCAAGGGUCCAGAUUGCAAGUGGCGGUACAUGUGGAGAGUGGGUCCACGACCGUCAAACACCCGCUUUAAGGAACUAAAUUCAGAGCCUGUGAUACCAGAGGGUUUUCCCGAAUGGAAAGAAACGAUGGACUCCUGGGGGUACAAAAUGAUAUCAGCUAUAGAGGCUGUUGCUGAAAUGGCAGCCAUUGGCUUUGGUUUGCCAAAGGAUGCAUUCACUUCGCUAAUGAAGCAGGGACCACAUCUUUUAGCUCCAACAGGAAGUGACCUUCAGCGUUAUGGCAAGGAGGGAACAGUAUUUGCAGGAUAUCACUAUGACCUGAACUUUCUAACGAUUCAUGGAAGAAGCAGAUUCCCUGGUUUGAAUAUUUGGCUAAGAAAUGGGCAAAAGGCUGAGGUGAAGGUUCCUGUUGGGUGUCUUCUCAUUCAGACAGGAAAGCAGAUAGAAUGGUUGACUGCAGGUGAUUGUAUAGCUGGAAUGCAUGAAGUUGUUGUGACAAACAGGACGAUUGAUGCUAUCCAGCUAGCGGCAGAACAAAACCGCAGCCUGUGGAGAGUAUCUUCAACUUUGUUUGCGCACAUUGCAUCCGAUGCUGUGUUAAAGCCCUUAGGCCACUUUGCAGAAUCCCCACUCGCCAGCAAAUAUCCUCCCAUCUGUGCAGGAGAAUUUGUCGAACAAGAGCUUGCAGUGAUAAAUCUGAAAGGAAACAAAGGAGAACCUUGAUAACUUGUAAUCAUAUAAAAUUAUGUGAUUGUCCUCGUCAAAGACUCCUUUGGUCAAAGAUUUGAACAGCAUUUCUGAGGUUCUUGCAAUGAGCAAUGAAAUGUAAUAAAGAAUCUGUACUUUUCUAA